CAUUCAAAUUCUGGUCUAUCGAUAUCGAUCGUCCAUUUUUGAACCAAACGACGCGCGUUUUUCUUGUUUUCAUUUGAUCCUCCGUCCGCCCUACAGCUAGACUCACAAUAACCGUAAAAAGGAAAGCCCCGGAAUGGAUAAGACCAGGCAAAGCAAUGGAAACGGCAGCUAUAUGGACCAGAACUCGUUGGGCAUCCUGAACAUGGAUAAUCUUAAGGUCUUUGGCGAUCUCUCCAGCUUCAGUAAGAGCGGCCGGCGGAGCACAGCCGGCAGGGAUGCAUCCGGAGUUCAGGAGCGUCUCAAGGCGGAGAGGCUGCGAGCCAUGGAGGCGUUGGAGAAGCCACGACCCUCCCGUCUCAGCCAAUCACGGCCAGCUGCUGCCAGUGUCCGCUCCAGUACGAACAUCUCCGAGCUGGUCACCGACGAGACCAUUGACCUCAACAGCAGUGGAUCCUUUGCCUUGGUAACCCCCGCCCCAAAAGGCAGCAACGUCUCCUUUGAGCCUGCCGAAAUCACUGGCAGAUCCACUCUAUGUGGUCGCCGGGAGAAGACAAAGCCUUCGGUUUCCGUCGCCGACAUCUUGAAGAGUUCUUUUGUUGAAAAGGCCCGCCUGUUGGAGAAGAAGCUGCAGAACACCAGCCAGUUAGACGCGAGCUAUCAUCUCUCCAGGAUUAACUCAACCAACCUCACAGAUUCCUUUAAUUGUUCGCGAAGCCUACCGCGAACGGCAGAUUUAAGUGACCUCAGUCUGAAUGGCGGAGGAGGGUUUUCCUUUGGCUCUGCUUCGGUGGCGGGCCAAGCGCUGGACGAGAGCUUCGCGCCAGCCGAGCUGAUGCAGUCAAAGCUGGUCCAGGGUGAGAUCUCGUGGGCCCAGGAGUUCACAGCCAUGCCCACGGCCACCAUGAGCAACCAAGCGAUCCAGAAGAUGGCAGCGCCACCACCCGCCUCUGACAUAGAGACUUCGGUGUCUAACUCUGUUUUAGCUGGAGAUCCUGACUUUUCACUGGGAAACUACUUCCAGACGCGGUCGGAAAACCUCUUUAAUAUCGUGAACAACAACACCAGUCCGGACAGAGUUCGUUCUGUCCAGCCCCUAAUGGAGCCGGAUAGCAAUCAGACCCUUAGUUCCACAGGUGCGAAGACCCCUCAGCCAGAAAACAGAACUUACACAAAGCCCCAGGAGACCGCUGGUAGCUCUCAUCUGGGCCAGAAUCUUAUGCGGAAAAUGCAGCAGGACCGGAUCCAGGCUGUCUUGAAGUCCAACAAUGCCCAAAAAGAGCCUAAGCGUCCUACAUCGAGUUCCGAGAUCCUUAGUCUGUCGGCCAUCGACAAGGCUCUGAGGGAUCUGGAUCUUAAUUCGGAUACCUCAACUGUGGAGGUUGUGAACCACCUAUGGGAGCAUGGCCGUGGCAAUAACUUCCAGGAGGAUGAAGAAAAUAAAGAAAACCUGGAGAACAAGGAGAACCAAGACCGUAGCCGAGCCGACCGCACCCUAUGCAGUUCCAAAAAGCUUUCAGACACUAUGAGUUUUACGGAUUCUUUGCUGAACUCAACCGACUUUCGGCAUCUCCAGCAAAGCAUAUCGCGCAAGCCGCUUAGCCCCUUGGCGGACCAUCCCCAGAUUACAAUCAGCCGGGCGGACACGGAACCGGUAGACGCCGAAGCUGAGGCGGACGUCGAUGAGUGGCCUUCAACGCCAGUGAAAGAUCCCCAAAGGCGCGUGCGUCGAACAAAGGUCUCCCCAAGAAGAGCAUCUCCUGCCAGCAGCGAUGGGGUGCGUCCACUAACCGGAACGGAGGAUGAAAAUGAAAACGAGGACGAAGACAAAACGCCUGUUAACCACAAGAGAGUUUCCAUCUCAACAUCGGUGGGACUAUUGCCACGCAAUCCAACCUCCUUAAGUAGCACUCGCCUGGAUGGCUGCGAUGCUGCAGUGGCCUCGUCUACUGAGCGAGACUUUGGCAUCUCCCCGAGUUUGAGCAAGAAUCUGUCGCCGAUGUCCUCGCCACGCAGCUGCCUCUCUUCACCGCUGCUGGACAGCACAACCAGCUCUGAGCGCCGGAUAUUGAUGAACGGAGUUGCCCGAAAGGCCAACUCCUCGCCGGCGGGCAGUGAGGCGAGCUCUAUUAGUGGUUCCGUAAGGACCCGCGGACCUGGAGGAGCUUCUAUCUCCUCGGUAACAGCGCCGCGUAGCAUCUCUCGGUGCUCGAACUCCAGCGAGUUCAGUCAUCGGGACGGAAAACUCCUUCCCUUGAAGGUAACAAAUACCAGCCUGUGCUGGGGCAGCACCAAGCUCCGGACGGAUGUCCGCAAAUCCAUGAAGGUGAAGAACACGGCAGAUAAGCGACUCGUCAUCCGGCUGGGGAUCCAAGGACCCGGCUUUCAGCUCGUUGGCAGCGACAGUAGCACCAUAACUCUACAGGCGAUGGAGUGUCGCUCGGUGGUGGUUAACUUCUGUCCCACUGUUUGCGGAGCAGCCAUCGGAGCAUUGUCGUUUUAUGCUCCUGCCGGAGCCCAUAACUGCAGCCAGCCUGGACUGGAAAUCCCUCUAUAUGGUUACGGAGGAAGCGCCUCCAUUGCUAUACAGGGCUUGCUGAAAGGACCAGUGGGUGCCAGCUUUUUGACGAUUGGUGAUGUUUGUGAUUUAUCAGCCGGACCACUGUCGGCCAGUCUACGGUUUCACAACAAGGGCCCACUCACCGCAUUCGUGUGCAUCUCAGUCGACUCCACGGUGCUGAUGAAAUUGCGGCUGAGCGAGGCGUUCGAGGUGAAGCCCAGCCGGAUGAUCCUCCCACCGAACUGCGAGGCCAACGUACAGAUCCUCUUCCGGCCGAAUCGCGAGGACAUGAAGAACAUUCUAAAGAAGACUGCCCAGGUGCUGACCCUAGCCAACAUGCGAAUCUUCUGCGGCGACGAGCCCAACAGGCAACGCAUGCGAAGUCUGGUCCAGCGGAUGAGCAGCCGAGAAAGGGAGAAAUAUACCUCUCCAAUGCUAGAAAAUAUGUGGGGCUCGUUUCCGGAGGAGCAACAUGUGCGAAACAUUGGCUUACUCAACGAGCCACCCGAUUUCAUUUUGGACUUGGUGACCAUGGUGCGAAUUAUUGACGUGGCGCUAACCCUAAACAGGGACUUUGACGAGUCCGACGAGAGCUCUCUGCUGUUUCUUCCGGAGGCGGAGGAAACUGUCCUGUUCCGGACCAUUUGUGCUGCAAACUCACCCACCCCUACCCAGAGUAACCUGUUGGAGCCAGUAGAUGAACUUCUGGAGGCGGAUACCACAACCAUUACAGGUCUACCCGUGGAUCGCAAUUGGUCCGUUCAGCCUGCAUCGCUGGAAUUAAACGCCAGCAACUUCUCCGUGGGCACUUUGUCAGUGAUAAACAGCUUUAGCUCCCGGCAGCUGAUUGAGGUCAACUGCAGCGUACCGGACUUGGUGCGGGUGAACCCCAGCGAAUGCUACGUGGCUCCUGAUGGAGGGCAGGCGGAUAUUGAGGUGCGGUUGCUGCGCCCGCCUAGGAGGGACUUUCUCUCGAAGGAGCCGCUUAUCACCGUCUCCAUGGAAAAUGAACGUAUUACUGUGCCCCUUAGCUUUAAGUUUUAAAAUAUGUUUGUGCCUGCUCGUUGCGGUUAUCUACUUAUAUGCUUGUUCAUUAAUUAAAAUCGUGUUCUUUAAUAAAAAUCUAUUGUGUCAUUUGCAAGAAA